ACUGUUCCCGCGCUUUGUCUCGAAAUAGGAUGUUGUCUUAUAUAAAGGAAAGUGGAAUGUUUAUUGUUGUGUGUAAUGUAAUCGAGUACUAAACUCACCGUAAGAUCUCACAAUUAAAAUAUGAUGUCAGAGGAGAAGCUGGUUCCUCCAGAGGAGUUCCCUUUCCCAUUCAAACCAUAUUCAAUUCAGCUGGAUUUCAUGAAGCACCUGUACAAAACUCUAGAGGAGGGGAAAUUGGGGAUUUUUGAGAGUCCCACAGGAACAGGCAAGUCUCUGAGCUUAAUAUGUGGUGCACUUUGCUGGCUGCGAGACCAUGAGGAGAGGAAACGACGGCAGCUCAAAGCAGCCAUUGCUCAGUUGGAUCUUAUGAAGACUUGUGAUGGUGAUAGUGAAAUAGAUUGGUUAACCCAGCAGAUACAGCAGUCACAAGUGUUGCAACAGCGGCAGCAGUUGCAGCAGCAACUGAACAAGAUUCUGUGUAAUGACGAGAAACUGGAACAGCUGCGCAAGCGUAAAGUGAAGAAACUGGAACGACCAUCAGAGAAAUAUACAGAAGCAGCAAAACAGAGGGAUUUGAACACUGAAACACCUGUCACUGGCACUGAUCCUGAGGCUGAUGAUGCUGAUAUCUUGCUGGAGGAAUGUCUUGAGUCAGACACCACAGAAGACUCUGAUCCGGAGCCAGAAGAACAAGAAGACGAAGAAAGCAAAGAGUAUGGAGAUAUAAAGAUUUACUUUUGCAGCCGUACUCAUUCUCAGCUUGCACAGUUUGUGGGUGAGGUGCAGCGUAGCCCAUAUGCAGAGAACAUUCGCCUUGUCUCACUAGCCUCCAGGCAGAACUACUGCAUCAACAAGGCUGUGCAGAAGCUCAAGAGUCUCUCACUCAUAAAUGAACAAUGUACUGAUAUGCAGCGUAAGAAGAAAGGUCGUACUACAGCAGUGGAUAGCUCAGGAAAGGCUGUAAAGAAAUCUCGUGGCUCUUCUGGUUGUCCCUACCUUCAGCAGAAGGCAGUGGAGAGGCUUCAAGAAGAGGCACUGCUUGAGGUGCAAGAUGUGGAACAGCUGGUGACCAUAGGACGGAAGCUGUCAGCAUGUCCAUACUAUGGCUCUCGCGCAGCUGUAAGAGAUGCACAGGUAGUAGUGGUCCCUUAUAACACUCUUCUCCAUAAGAACACCCGCAAGGCAUGUGGCAUUAACGUGACAGGCAGUGUUAUCAUUAUUGAUGAGGCCCACAACUUGCUGGAAACCAUCAGUCACAUCCACAGCUCUGAGGUGACAGGACAUCAGCUUACACAUGCCUACAGCCAGCUGAGCCAGUAUCAGGAUCGCUAUAGAAACAGAUUCAGUGCUGCCAAUCUGCUUCACCUUGGCCAGGUCAUCUUCGUUGUUGGCAGACUUAUUCGUAUGUUAGGUGGGAAGCCAGGAUGCAGUCCUGUUGAGAGCAGCAUUAAGGUUGUGGACACAAAGAUGUAUACAUUGGCUGAGUUUGUGCUGUCAGCAGAAAUAGACAACAUCAACCUAUACAAGCUGCUAGAAUUCUGUCAGAGAAGCAAGAUUGCUCACAAGCUGCAUGGGUUUGCUGAACGUUACCAUCCAGCUGUUGUACUGAACCGUACUGUCAAAUCAUCAGCACAACAACAGAUGGGCAUUCGGGCAUUCCUCAAAGAAAUCUCUGUGGACAAUAUCUCUACACCCAAGCAAGAAUCCAUACCAGCAUCAUCUGUUUCUGAACCAAUCCUGAGCAACCCCUUGCUGCCAGUGCUAGGCUUCAUGGAGGCUCUCACAAACCACUGCAGUGAUGGUCGUGUGGUGUGCAACAGACAGACAACAGUAGGACGUGGUAGCCUCAAGUUUCUCCUGUUGAAUCCAGCUGCUCACUUCUCCAGUAUUAUUAAGGAGGCAAGAGCAGUGGUGUUGGCAGGGGGCACAAUGCAGCCACUGGAUGAGUUCCGGGACCAGCUGUUCCUAUCAGCAGGAGGAACUGUUGAAAGACUUACAGAAUUCUCCUGUGGCCAUGUUAUUCCUCCAGACAGUAUCCUGCCCAUAGCACUGGCAGCUGGCCCCUCAGGCAAGCAGUUGGACUUCUCAUAUCAGACUCGCACAACACUAAUAAUGCUGAAUGAGCUGGGAAGAAUUCUAGUAAAUGUCUGUAAUGUCAUACCUGCUGGCAUUGUGUGCUUCUUCCCAUCAUAUGAAUAUGAGAAACUUGUGUCUGAGCACUGGACAAAGAAUGGAGUCAUCUCAAAACUUGAAAGGAAGAAAAAGGUUUUUCGGGAGCCAAGGAGAUCUGGCAUGGUAGAGCAUGUGCUGAAUGAAUAUGCAGCACAUAUUGGUGAACCGGGAUCAAGUGGAGCCAUCAUGUUCAGUGUUGUGGGUGGAAAGCUGAGUGAGGGUCUUAACUUCAGUGAUGACUUGGGUCGCUGUGUGAUAGUUGUUGGCAUGCCAUACCCAAACAUCAAGUCACCUGAACUCCAAGAAAAGAUGAACUAUCUCAAUGCUAAUGUUAGCCCUACAGCUGGAAUGCAGCACUAUGAGAACUUGUGUAUGAAAGCAGUGAACCAGUCUAUUGGUCGGGCCGUGCGACACAGGAAUGACUAUGCUGCUGUGCUGCUGCUAGACCAGCGAUACACCCGAACGCACACACAGGCUGCACUUCCAACCUGGAUCAGGACCUCUUUGUCCUCGCACGCCAAGUUUGGUCCAGCCUUUGCCCAGCUUACUAAGGUAAGCUCAUGUCUUUAUAUUCAGUAGUUGAAGAACACAAAGAAAUGUUAGAACUGGAUAUUAUUUGUGUAGAAUGUUGUUCAUCCAGGGCUACAGUCACAAUUACUUAUCCUGUUAAUAUUUGUAGGGGCUCCUAGAAACAGUCAGUGUCACUGAUGUAAGUUUCCCACAGCAAAGACAAAGGUUCAAUCACAGAUCAGUUCACAUGAAAUUUCUAGAGACCCUGGAGCAAGUUCACUUUCGUUUUUCCAAGCCAUCCCAAGUGUGCCAUACACAUUUCACUAUUCCUGAGAUGAUACACAUUCCUCUUGGUCAUAGCUUCACCACAUUUGGCUGGCUUCAGAGGAAGGAAACUUUUCAAUUGUUAUGCAGGCUUUAAGGUUCUCACAGCAGUGGUUGCGAUGAAUCCCAUCACCUAGGAUAUAAUGCCAUGCAGUCCAUUGAAAGUCAACUGGUGUUUCAGAGGAACAUGUUGCCUUCAUCAUCAGGGUUCAAAAAAUGAGCAGAGCAAGAAACUAGCAUGAAAGAAGUGGUAAGCAGAGCUCUGCAUGUCACCUGCAUAUUCUUCAACCCUGACUAUGGACACGACAUGGUCCUCCAAAAUGUCAGUUUACUUUCAUUAGACUACAUGCCAUUAUACCCAAGAAGACAGAACAUCUGUAUUUUCUUUGUUCUGUUCUUUCAUCCAUCUACCCAUAUGCUGUGCUCUGUAUAGUGUGGGUCUUAAUGGCUUUAAUAUUGCUGGUCAUAUUAAAUAAAAAUCAGAAUCAGAGUUGGGUGAAUGGAUUACUAUUACAUACAUUACAAUACUUCUGUAUGCUUAAUAGCCGUAAGUAAAAUUGAAUUUCGAUAUAGGUAUUGACAGGCUUCAAAGGGUUGACUUCUAGUUCUAAGGGUGCACCAGAGGUGAUGCUUUGUUCAUACAAUCAUUUAGCCAGUGGGUGGUCACAGUCGUGAUAGUGCACUCACUGAAAUAAACAUAAAUUGCUGUUACACUUCCACCUUUAUCUAAAUGCACAAGUUAAUUCUUUUAUUUUCUUCAGUCACUGGACAUAUCUUGUGGUCAGUGAGUUGUCCACAUUCUCUGUGAGUGCUGAACCAUGAUGAGAUACAGUACUAAUAAAGACAUGUUUUUUGUUAAAACUUACACUGAAAGAAAUCUUACUGCAGUAUAGGCCAUGCAGCAAAGUAUACCACAUAAACUAGACAUCACAACAACAGUAACAAUCAACAUACUCGUAAUAAGAAAGAAUAAACACAAACAAAUCUAGCCAAUAAUAGAAGAAUCAAACGAAAAGAUGUGUGGUCUACUACAGCAACAGACAUUAACCUGAAUACAGCAUAUGGCACUUUUAAAUUAAUUUUUAACUUUUAGUUCAUAUAUAUCUUGUAUUUAAAUCAUCAUCUAGCAGUCAGUAUAUAAAUGUCCAUAGAAAGUAGUCAUUUUAAGCCUAUAUACAUGCUUUACAAUUCAAUAAUGAAAACAUGUAAAUCACAACACCUGAAGAUGACCCUAUACG